AUUGAACGAGAAAUUAUGACGAAUAAAAAAUAUAUUCAUGACGUUCAACCNNCAACAGUAGACGAACAUUUUCAACUGCUUUUAAAUUGUAAAGAAGAAAUUGAUUCUAAUUUUGUGAAAGUGGCACCAGACAAUCUACCUGAGUGGUACGAUGAAAAUUUAUUCAAAAAAGGUCAACAAUUCUGUAUGGAUUAUUUACUAGCAAUAGUCGGUGCAAAUCUAUCAGGUUUAAUAGCGAUAUUGGCAGUCCCAGAUAUAUUGGAGAUUCUCGUAAGUACGAAAAAUAAUAUUACGGUACCUUUAUCUUACAAACGAUACGCCCAAACAAUGUUACAUAUGUACGCACUUCAAAAAACGGAAAUACUAAGCUCAGAUUCGUUGUGGUUCAAGGUAAUAAAUGCCAUCCGAUGGAGGCAUGCUAGUGCUAGUAAAAAAAGAAUUGAGAAAGGUCUUAAUGGAAUAUAUCAAAAGGAUAUGGCAAUUACGCAAUUCGGUUUCAUUGGAUAUGUUUUUUUGGUACCAGAAAAAUUGGGACUGGCAAAUACUGAAAAAUAUAUGUUAGGUUUUAAACAUUAUUGGGAAGUUAUAGGAUAUUUAUUGGGCAUAUCGGACAGAAUGAAUAUUUGUAGAAAAACGGUAACGGAAACAAGAGAAUUAUGUAAAAGAAUACAAAAUGAGAUAAUAGCAAAACACUUGAACGACCCGCAUCCGAAAUUUACGGAAUAUGUAACGAAUGUAAUGAAAGGAAUUUGGCAUAUGGAUUUAUCGAUCAAUCAUGACACUUUCAUGUAUUUCACAUAUGAUUUGACAGGGAUAAAAUACAAGAAACCUCUCUCAUGGUACUCGUAUCUAAAUUUGAAAUAUCGUCAAUUUAUAUUAUAUAUGUACGAUAAACCAUAUAUUGGCUUCGUAGUACGAAUGAUAUAUAAUAAAAUAGUAACAAUAACCUUCUGGAUGAUUGCAAACUUCCCAAUACUAGCAUGGAUAUCAUUUGGAAAGGAAAAACAAUCAUUAAAUCUUUAUCCAAAUCUAUAACAAUAAUAUUAUUAUAUAAAACUAUAUUUAUAUAAUA